AUGACGGCUAUGCUUACAUCACUUGCACAAACCUCCAGGCACCAAUCACUCUUAUAUCCUCUCUCUCUCUCUCUGCCUUUGGUUCAAACUUGAAACUUGAAACUUGAAACCCUUCCUUCCUUCCUUGUCUCCUGCUGGCUCUUCAACAACUUGAUUAAUUCCGUACCUGAAUUAUUCAAAUCUGCAGCCAAGAGAGAGAAUUCAAAAUAUAGACAAUUUGAAGGAUCCAUCUCAAAUGGGUAGCUGUUUGUCUUCGGAUGAUUCUGAACUGCGAAUCCCCACAGCGAAGGUGGUGUCAGUGAAUGGAGACCUCCAUGAAUACAAUGUUCCUGUGCUCGUCUCCCAGGUUCUCCAAUCUCAUGAAUCUUCUUCGUCCUCCUCCUCUACUAACUACUUUCUCUGCAACUCUGAUCGCUUAUACUACGACGAUUACAUUCCGGCCUUGGAUUCAGAAGAUCAAUUGCAGCCCAAUCAGAUUUAUUUCAUUCUUCCUACCUCUAAGCUUCAAUACCGGUUGAGCGCAUCUGAUAUGGCAGCUUUGGCCGUCAAAGCCAGCGUCGCUUUACGAAGUUGCUCGCAGAAUAAGGGAACACGUCGUCGAAAAAAGAACCGGAUCUCCCCUGUUUUGAUGCUGAAUCAGAACAAUAUCAUUGUCCCGGACUCCCAAAUUAAGGCAGAAAAGACAUUUGGGAAGCCUCAGCCGCGGCUGCAGCCGGAUGUCGGAGUUUCAAGAUCUGGUUCUGUAAGAAGAUUGCACAAGUCAGCUUCCAGACGAGCUAAAUUGGCCGUUCGUUCCUUUAGGCUCAGGCUCAACACCAUUUACGAAGGCACUGUGCUCUAGAGUCUAGUCUAGAUGGUUAUUAUUCAAAUAUCCAAUCCAUUUUUUAAAGAACAUACAUGGACAUGGACAUCCUGUAAAAACUAAAGAAAUUCAUGAGAUGAGAUGUAUGUACGUUGUGAGUGUAUUGCUCUUUUAUUAUUAUUAUUAUUAUUAUUUACUUUAUAUUGGAUCGAA